GAGACAAGGGAAUCCCGAGGAGGCUUUUUUUGCAGGAGCCGACCAAGGCUCAGAUGGAUAUCCUGGGUCUGCGGAGACCUGCCCCGUGAUCCGGUGCUCCUUGGUGGCUCCUGAGCUUUGCGCGUUCAGCAUUUCCAUGGUCCACCGGGUGUUGCAGACGCAUCUUUGCAGUACGCGCCUGCAUUGAUUUCGAUCCAGCAAGCGGAGUCAAGCCAGCAUUGAAGCAGCCCCGAUGCAGCUGCUUUGGGUUUGCGUUGAAGACGAUGCAGGCUCGAGGUUUCUGAAAGCCACAGAGCAAAUGGAGGGGGCGAUUUAAGAGCCGGAUCCAAGCGGGGAGAGGAAUCCUUGCAAAGUGUGGAGGAUCGAUCAAGAGGCGCGUUGCCAGCUCGUUUGGGUGUUUCUGGCUUUCUAGCAAGUUCAGCACUUGCGAAGGGGACAGCGCCUCGGGCCGCCUCCGUCCUGCAGCAGAGCCCUAAGUUGAAGAGCGCCCCUCCGAAGUCUCCUGCAGCUGCAUUGUGAGGGACCGGCCCCUUCGGCGCACCGCCGUCGUGCUCUGCCACCCGAAAGGGGUCCUCUCUCUUCUGUCAAGGAGGGCUGGGCGAGAGCGCAAUGCAAGUCUCCAUCGCGUGCACGGAGCACAACCUCAAGAACCGGAAUGGGGAAGACAGACUCAUCAGCAAACAGAACACCACCACCCCGAACUCAGUCAAUGCAGCCCGGGCGAAAUUCCGGACGGUGGCGAUUAUCGCUCGCAGUCUUGGGACCUUUACCCCUCAGCACCACAUUUCUUUAAAAGAGUCCACAGCAAAGCAGACGGGCAUGAAAUAUAGAAACCUUGGAAAGUCUGGAUUAAGAGUUUCGUGUCUGGGGCUAGGGACGUGGGUCACGUUUGGAGGUCAAAUUUCAGACGAGGUUGCGGAACAGCUAAUGACUAUCGCAUACGAGAGUGGAGUAAACCUGUUUGACACAGCAGAGGUGUAUGCAGCUGGAAAGGCCGAGGUGAUUUUGGGAAGCAUAAUAAAAAAGAAAUGCUGGAGGAGGUCAAGUCUGGUCAUUACAACAAAACUCUACUGGGGAGGAAAAGCUGAAACAGAAAGAGGACUCUCAAGAAAACACAUUAUUGAAGGAUUAAAAGGCUCUCUCCAGAGGCUGCAGCUUGAGUAUGUGGACGUCGUCUUUGCAAAUCGACCAGACAACAAUACCCCAAUGGAAGAGAUCGUCCGAGCGAUGACUCACGUGAUAAACCAAGGCAUGGCCAUGUACUGGGGAACUUCCCGUUGGAGUGCCAUGGAAAUAAUGGAAGCCUAUUCUGUAGCGAGGCAGUUUAAUAUGAUUCCACCCGGUGGUGAACAAGCAGAAUACCACCUUUUCCAAAGAGAGAAAGUAGAGGUUCAGUUGCCGGAACUGUAUCACAAGAUAGGAGUUGGAGCAAUGACGUGGUCCCCUCUCGCCUGUGGGGUUGUCACGGGGAAAUACGCCAAUGGAAUUCCAGAAAGCUCAAGGGCUUCUUUGAAGUGCUAUCAGUGGCUAAAGGAGAAGAUUGUGAGCGAGGAGGGGAGAAAACAGCAAUCGAAGCUGAAAGAUCUCUUCCCCAUUGCUGAACGCCUUGGGUGCACCCUACCUCAGCUGGCUGUUGCAUGGUGUCUACGUAACGAGGGUGUGAGCUCUGUCCUCCUAGGAUCUUCCAAUCCAGAGCAGCUAAUAGAGAAUCUUGGUGCCAUACAGGUUCUUCCGAAGAUGACGUCCCACAUUGUGAACGAGAUCGAUAACAUCUUGGGAAACAAACCUUACACCAAGAAGGACUACAGAUCCUAAUGCAUUGCAUGAUUAAACUGGACUGCAUGGCUAAAAUAGCACUCUGUACUUAGUACAGUACCAAGUCAAUACUAUCCGGUUAGAAUUAUUCGGCAGUCUCUGUUGUUUACUAGAUUCUCCAAGGUGCCGUGCUGCACCGGAAU